GGCCGGGCGAGCCCCCGCCUCUCCUCCCUGCCCGCCCCGCCGAGGGGAGGGGGCCGGGGAGGGCGGCCCGGCCGCCCGCCCCCUCGGGCCACUGCCGCGCCCCGCCGGCCCCAGCAUGGACGCGGCUUCGGGACCGGGCCCCGGGCCGGAGGAGGCGACCGGGAAGGGGAAGGAGGAGGAGGAGGAGGAAGAGGCGGCGGUGUACGUGGAGGUGUGCGGCUCGGCCCGGAGGCACGGCGCGGAGAGCGGAGCCCGAGGGAGCGGGGAUGCGGGCGGCGGCGCGGAGGGCAGGGCUGCGGGGGCAGCAUCCCCCGAGGGGACGGGCACCCCGCCGCAUUGCCCCCAGCGCCAGCACCCGGCAGGAUGCGGCUCUGGCUCCGGGGGGGCGGCCGGGUCCACCAGCGGGCGGCUGGAGCCUUCCUCCUCCUCCUCGUCCUCUUCCUGCUGCCCCUCCCCGGGCAGCAAGGCGGGCGGCCGUGCCUCCGCGGGGGAGCCGGCUCCGACGGAGGGCAAAGCCUCCUCCUCCUCCUCCCUCGGCUACGAGAGCGAGGGGGAGGACGGCACGGGGCGCGGGGAGGCCCUGCCCGGCCGCCCCCCCGGGGCGCCCCCCGUCGGGGGGGACGAGGCGCACUACAUCAGCACGCGGGAGAUCCAGCUGAGCGAGGUGGACCACGACAUGGACUUCGACGCCGGGCUGGCCGCCCGCUGGGACUUCGAGGACGACAACGUGAUCUACUCCUUCGUGGACUACGCCUCCUUCGGCAGCGCCGAGACGCCGGGGGACACGCCGACGGAGGAGGACAAUAGCUGCUACCUCAGCACGACCACCAGCGAGCCCAACAACCCGACGGACAGCGCCGACAACGCCAGCGGCGCCGAGAUCGCCAGCAGUCGCUCGGAAAACGAUACCCCCGGCGGGGACAAGUGCGACGGCUCGGAGGCGAGCCGGCCCCGGCGGCCGGGCGGCCCGGCAGAGAGCCCCGCGGGCCAGCUUCUCCUAUCAAUCAAAGCCGCUUCCCGGGCUAUAAAUGAGUCUAGCAACGGGCAGGAAAAGCAAAACGCCGUCCACGCUGCCAAGCAUGAAGGCGACAUGAGCCUCCGUGUCCCCACCGCCCCUGAACGCGAGGCGAGCCGCGGGCAGGACGCCGUCCACCACCACCACCAGCAGCAGCAGCAGGCGAAGAAAUUCAUCGCGGUGCCGGCGCGGCUGCAGAGCGGCUGCGGGGCCGUGCGGGCGAAGGAGGUGGGCGAGUACUCGAGCGGAGCCUCCAGCGCCGUCAGCGAGCUGGACGAUGCCGACAAGGAGGUGCGGACCCUGACGGCCAGGGCUUUCCGCAGCCUAGCGUACCCCUACUUCGACGCCCUCGCCCUCGGCUCCCGAGCCUCCUCCGCCUCGCUGCCCGACCAUGCGCUGGGCUCCAGCCGCUGGUCCACCUACCUGGACCUCAAGUGCGGCGGCCUGGGGCCGAGGGCCGAGCCCGGCCUGCCGCAGCUCUGCCUCCGCUCCGGCAAGGCGCAGCCCAAAGCCCUGGAGUUCGUGGUCAGCAAGCUGGACGGCGAGAUUGCGCACGUCGAGGCUCCGCCGCGGGUGCUGAGCCUGCUGCAGCCGCCGGGCCCCGGCGCUGCCCCCCGGGCCGCCGCCGUGCCCCCCGACGCCGGGCCGCCCCCCGAGGCUGGCGGCGGGGACCCCCCGCGCAGGGAACCCCCGCAUCCGUCGCUGCUGUCGGAGGGGACGAGCAAGAAGUCGCAGUUCGCCUCCAGCCUUCUCAAGAACGUCAUCUCCAAGAAGAUGCAGCUGGAGCACGAGUUCAAGAUGGAGCGCGGCGAGAUCUCCGACACCUCCUCGGCGGCGACGGACCGGGACCGCGAGCGGGAUCGGGACCGGGAGCGGGACCGGGAGCGGCCGCGGGAGGGCAGCGUGCAGCGGCAGAGCUCCCGGCACUCGGAGGGCGGCUCGGAGCCGGGCGUGCAGGCGGCCGAGGAGGCUGCGGAGGGCGGCGGGGGAAGGUCGCCGGCAUCCAAGGCCUCGACGCCCCGCGAAGGGAGCCGCAGCCUCGACAAGGCCGCCGCGGAGGAGCCCCGCGAGGCUCGCCGGGGAGGCUCGGAGGCGGCCAGGGCCACCACCUUCCUCCGCAGCCACAACAGCGCCUUCAGGACCUGGAAGGAGCGGGAGGCGGAGAAGAAGGAGGAGCGGGCGCCCGUCGGAGGGCCCAAGCCGUCCCCGCGGCGCGACCCCCCCGGCGGCAGGGCCACCAAAACGUCUCGCCUCUUCGUCCCCGCCGUCCAGCCCGCCGCCGGCCCGGAGCCCAAGGAGCCCGCCGGCCCGGGGGUGGUCUCCGCCUCGCCCCCCGCAGCAAAGCCCCGCGGCGCCGAGCUGCAGAUCAGCCUGGGGAGCCGCGACCCGCCCUUCCCCAUCGCCGAGCUGCUCACGCCGCAGCUGGGAGGCCGCCCCGUCGAGGAUGGCCGGGGCCAGCCGCCCAAAGCACCCAAGGGCGAUGGUGCCGACAGGGUGCCGCAGUUCCUGGUGCGCGACGUGCGGGAGGGCAAGGGCAAAAGCCAGGCCCCCCUGCACCAGGUGCGGGACGUGCGGAAGCUGAUCAAAAGCUCCUACAGCGGCGACUCCGGGGAUAACAGCAGCGACAAGGGCAGCGUCGCUUCCGACCAGGGGGGCGCGGAGCACAAGCCUCGGCAGCUGGUCAUCGCGGGCAUCCCCCGCGCCCUGUCCCCGGUGGUCAUCACCUGCCAGGCGCUGGGACACGCCGGGGCCAAGGCCACCGACGGCGGGGGCAAGGCGGCGGCGGCUGGGGGCCGGACGCUGGGCUGCCCGCCGGAGGGCACCGUCCUGGUGCACCGCACGUCGGGGCGGCUGCCGGUGGCCACCAUCGCCCCCAACAAGAGCGACCCCCGGCAGCCGGCCGUGCUGAAGAUCGUCACCAAGGCUGGGGCGCCCUGGCGGCACCAGCAGCCCCCCGGGGCCUCCGACAAGGGCCGGGGGCCGGCGACAGCGGGGGGGGGAGGCGGCGGCGAAGAGGACCCUCGGGAGGAAGGCAAGGCGGCGCCGGUGCAGAACGCGCUGGAGAAGCUGACGGCGGCGGUGCGCAGCAUGGAGGAGCUCUACAGCUUCAGCAAGCGCGAGUGGAAGCGCAAGAGCGACCCGCUGCCCAUCACCGGCAGCCACGUCCUGUCCCUCAUCGCCAGCCAGGAGCGCGACACCGGCCCCCGGCCGCCCCCCGCCCCGGAGCCGCCCCCCAAGGCGGAGGAGCCGCCGCCGCCCCCCAAGGGCCCGGCCCCGCCGGCCGCCCUCUUCCCGCCGCCGCUGCCGCCCUUCGCCGCGCCACCGCCGCAGCUGCUCUGCUUCUCGCCCUCCGUGCCCGCCGCCGAGCCUCUGCCGCAGCGCAGGGUGCUGCUGGACGUGAGCAGCGGGCAGUACUACCUGCUGGACGCCGCCCCGCAGCAGCCGCCCAAGCGGCGCCUCUUCGACCCCGAGACCGGGCAGUACGUCGAGGUGCCGGUGCCCACGCCCGCCGUCGCCCCGCUGCCGCUGCCGCUGCCGCCCUUGGCCCUCAACGCCGGUGCCUACGGCACAGCCUACAUGCUCUACCCUGGCCUGCUGCCUGCCGCCACUGUGCUGCCCGCUGCCGCCCUGCCGCGCCCACUCUCCCACCCGGGCAGCGAUGGCAGCACGGCGGCCGAGCCCGGCAGCCCGGCAGUGGAGGCCGAGGGUCCCUACUUCAUGCCCGGUGGCGAAGGCCCGGCCACAGCCUCGACGGUGGCCUCGACGGUGGCGGCCAAGCCGCUGAUCAGCAUCACGGCGCCUGCCGGAGGCCCGCGGCUCGUUGCGCCGCCUUCCUUCGACGGCACGACCAUGCGGCUGGUGGUGGAGCACCGGUAGGCAGCAGGGAGGGGGCCCACAGGGGUCCCCAAAGGAGGCCAGGGGAGAGCAGUGCCCUCACAGUGGCAAGGUCAUGCCCAUGGCCCCUUCUUGUCUUCCCCAU